CCAGAGGGGAGUUCUCCUUACGAAAAUGCUCUCGUGGAACAGUGCCGGCAAUGCAGAAGAUGACGACAUCUUUCAGUCUGUUCUCGAAAACUAAUUUGACUACGUGUUCCUAGAUGAGGCGCACAUGGUGAAAAAUAAGUCCAAGUCCACACUUAAGCCGAUCGAAAGCUUUAGAGCAAAGAAUCACAUCGCCAUAACAGCAACACCGAUAGCGAAACGCCCGGUGGAUAUGCCGGCUUACUGUAAGCUUGUCCAGUCAACAAAGGGAAUGAAUACCCGACUGGACUGUGAGACGGGGUUGGAGCUCCUCCAAACCGUGUACCGCUCCUACGACGCAAGGGACGAACGGCUCCUCGACCACGACAGCUUCGAGCUGUUACUCAAGAAGGAUGUUAUUUCAACCAACGCCGCCGACAAAGCUCUGGUACUGAUGUUGCGCCUAUCCCAAGUGCGCAGAACUGUCACUACAGUCACCAAGAGACAGCGUCAAUACGGUGGAGACUACUCUGUUGCGGAACACAUUACUCUGUACCGAGCUUUCACGCUCGAGAUGGACUCAGACGGACUGACCCGUGAGUUCUACUCACACAUCUGCAGGGUAUGGGUCCCGCAGCUUUUCAAAUGUGCGGCCCAGGCCGAGGGCUCGGUCGAUCAGCAGGUGAAGAUGAACUCUGCGGUAUUGCGCCGGCUUAUGCUGGCAAACGAUUUCUCUGGUCUCGAGUCGCUCAACCACGCUCUCCCCCCUGGUACUUCGGAGCAAAAGUUACAGACAAUGUUGAAAGACCUCGAGCAAGAGGACCAUGGCAUCAGGUUCUUGAUGGAUAGGAUUGUGGUUGACGACUGGCUCCCGGCGGACGCCAUGGGUGCCAAUCUUCUGAAACAACUAGAAUAUAUGACCAACCGGUCCACGAAGUUGAAAGCACUCGCCGGCAUUCUGGACUUUCACGUGGUCCAACGUAGAGAAAAGGUCCUUAUAUCGAUGGAGUACCCGGCAUACCAAUGGGUGGUUGAAGAUUUUUGUAUACUGGCAGGAAUGCGAAUUGCCAGCCUGAAAGCCUCUCAGUCUGAUGAGGCAAGGGCAGUUAUUUUCUCUGAAUUUAACGAUCCUACGCUCGACAAGUAUGAUCUCCUAAUCUCUACCAACGCCCUAUUGCAGUUGGGGCAUAAUAUCCAGGGUGCUUGUCAUGUCAUAGUCCUGAUGGACUCCACGAAGACAGAGGCCAUGACCCAGCAGUUGAUAGGACGAGUCUACAGGAUCGGGCAGCGUCAUGAGGUAUAUGCAUACAUGCUGCAUAACCAACAUUCCGUCGACCGCUAUGUUGAAGGCAACAACGCCUUCAAAUUUCAAGCAUCACUCAUUGCACUAGCCAGCAACAACUUUAGACCCCAUGUUCUUAAAGCUUGGGAAGUAGUAUGUGUACUUUUGAUCUGCAUUUUUGUCACUUUAGAAAACUGUCGCCUACCCGCUCGCACUUUUGUCGCCUGCCCGCUUGCACAGUUGCACUUUUGUUGCCUUAUAAAACUGUCGCCCACCCGCUCUGCACUUUUGUUGCCUCACAAAUCUGUCCCCAUCCGCUCUACACUUUUGUCGCCUCACAAAUUUGUCUCCAUCUACACUACACUUUUGUUGCCUCACAAAAAUGUUUUCUAUGUACACUUUAGUCACCUCACAAAAAACAUCUUAUCGUUACGCUUUUGUGAGCUCACAAGAAAAAUUCCCGGCUGUGUUAGUUCGACAACGUUAACAGUGAAAGAUACUAAGGAAUUCCGAGACCCUAAAGGGUAG